AUGGAUACCUCAGUAACGGGUGUGACGGAGGAUGAAGCUGCGCUGUACGAUCGGCAGAUUCGGCUAUGGGGUCUUGAAGCACAGAAUCACAUGCGGCAAGCGCAUGUGGCCGUUGUGUCAUUCACUGGUGUCGCUGAGGAGAUCGUGAAGAAUAUCGUCCUAGCGGGCAUCGGGGCACUGACCAUCGUCGAUGCCCAUAACGUCGAGCCGGAGGACCUGUCUGCUUCGCUGUUCUUCCGCCCUGAUGAUAUAGGGACAUCGCGUGUUGCCACAGCGCCACUCCAGCGGAUUCAGCAGCUGAAUCCACACGUACAUAUCCAAGGCGAGUCACACGACGAUGCUCACGACGACUUCUUUCAACGUGUUCGGCCUGACCUUGUGCUUGUCACAUCUGGCACGCGCGAUGAACUCGUACGUUGGAACAGUCUGUGCCGCGCUCAUGACGCGAUGUUCUUUGCCGCCGCGACAUACGGCCAAAGUGGCUAUGUAUUUUGUGAUUUGGUGUCCUUGGACUACGUCCGGGAUAUACCCGUGCCAGGUACCAAAGAAAAGACGCCAGUCAAGUUCCGACAGGCAUUCGUGCCCCUCGCCGAAUCACUCCAAGCGCCAUGGCCGUCUCGACCGAGCCCUGGUCUUGUCGCCACAUGGGGCCUGUGGUCUCUCAAGGGCUCGAAAGAUGUGAACGCCUUCCAAGAGGCUCUCGAACGCGAAGCAGAGGCGCUCAUGCAGGCCAAGGGCGUCAAACCCACAACCGUGUUCCGGCGUACAAAUGCCAAGGCCUUUUAUACCGCAUUUGCUCGCGCGGCAUUCCCGCAUCGCACAGUGUCGUUUGCUCCUACAUGUGCCAUCCUCGGAGGUAUCGUGGCGCAGAGCAUCCUCAAUGCACUGGGCCGCCGCGAGGAGCCUAUUGUCAACUGGUGCAUCCUCGAUGCUUUCCACGGCACAGCUGACAUUCACUCCAUUGGUGCGCCUGAGGCGUCUCGCGACUGA